AUGGCUAAUGAAAACAUGGAGGUGAGUGUUCGUUUCUCGUGAAGUUAUUUUUUUGUUUUUAGAUGAAAUUUGCAAGAAUUUACGAUGACCGAAGUGCAGAUAUCCAAUGUGCAAAAACGUUUCAAGAACUCAUGAUUGAUCCGCAAAUCCAGGAGAUCCUGAAGCGUCGACAGUAUCUCAGGCCAACUCCGGUUCAAGCAAAAUCAAUUCCCUUGUUGUUGCUGGGGACUGACAUGAUUGUUCAAGCCAAAGCUGGGACUGGAAAGACAUUGAUCUUCUCUGUUUUGACGGCUCAUUUAUUGUUCGGUUCUCCCAAAAAGGUAGCACCUCAGGUGAUGAUUGUCGCACCAACUCGUGAGAUUGCCAAGCAAAUUUACGACACUGUAAUUCACUUCAUUCCGAAGGAUUUUUUUGCCCAGUAUGUUCAGCUGUCAUGGAUAAUAUAAUUGCUUUCUCAAAACAGGAUUUUCUUACUGGUUUUUAUGUAAUGCUGUUUUCAGUUUGUUUGUGGGUGGAUUCGAUGAGUACGAAGAUAUCAAACGUCUCAAGAGAGGUUGUCAAGUAGCUGUAGGAACUUGUGGAAGACUGGCGGAUCUGAUCAAAAAAGGAAUCUUUAAAACAGAACAUAUCGGUUUGAUGGUUCUUGAUGAGGCUGACAAGUUAAUGGAAGAUGACUUUAUCAAAGAAAUAAAGUGAGCAUUGAUACUUUUAUUGUUAUUUCUUUAGUUACAUCUUUUCGUCACUUCCGUCGGUCACAAAGCAAGUUUGCGUGUUCUCUGCUACAUAUCCAAGACGACUGGAAAGUGUCCUUAAGGACUAUAUGAACUCUCCGUCUCUCAUCAGACUCGACGAAAAGGAGGAAUCGUUGAUUGGAAUCAAAGAAUAUGCAGUCAAAUGUGUGGACUUCCAAAAAGGAGAUGCCUUGGUGGAAAUUUGUUCGAAGCUGGUCUUCAACCAAUGCAUCGUGUUCUGUAAUAGCCAGGCAUUGUAAGUUUUUUCUGUGUUUUUUGUUUUUGACUUUAGGUGAAACCAUCAAGGAUACUAUUUUAGAUGUGAACGGGUCAAAGGAUUUAUUGUUUCUAAUGGAAUUGAGGCCGUUUUGAUGUCAGGUAAUCUUCCCCAGGAAGAGCGUUUUGCUGUGAUCGAUAAGCUGAAGAAAGGGCAGAUUAAGGUUCUUAUCUCAACGGAUGUCGUAAGUAUUUCACUCAUUGUUAGUUUAGUUUGGUACCUUUUUAGACUGCUCGAGGAAUUGACGCUCCGAAAGUGGAUCUUGUAAUUAAUGCAUCAGUGGCGAACGAUGCGGACACUCAUAUGCAUCGAAGUGGCCGAGCUGGGCGAUUUGGAGGUAAAGGCGCUGUUAUUCACCUCCUCCAUGACAUGGGAGAACUAGAUCUGGUGAGAAAACAUAUCCUCCAGAAGGAUCUCGAUGUCAGAUUGUUGGAUUUAUACUCUUUUUAUCCAUUUGACCUCACCGAAAAUCAAGAAUUCCAUCAAACACGCGAAAGAUUAGUGGUGAGUUUAAACUUUUGCAGGAUAAGAUGAAGGUUAUGAGGUUCUGUGAUGAUUUGUAUGUUGUUUUAGCCCCGUCUGGAACCUCCAUCUAUCCAAGUCAGCGAGAGUCAAGGAUAUAAUGCCGAUCCCGUUCCUAGAAAUUAUCCUAAAAUCAGUACCAAUGAGGAAAAACCGGUAGUUGGGAAUACUGUGCCAACUAGGAGCAGGGUCAGGAAACUUUUUUAUCUGAAAAGGGAUAUGAUCAACAUUAGAGAUGAACAUUCGGAGGAUGAAUGGCUCCAUUACAGUCACUCCAAAUUUGUUUUUAAUGAUGAAGAUCUAGAAGAGAUUUUGAAAGAAACCGCGUCAGACGAGAGCUACGUGUAUGAGGAGUCUGAAGAACAUAAAAAACUUGCCCAAGAAUUCCUCGAAUUCCAGAGAUUAAAAGCCUUGGAGCCUCAGGUAUUUGUUGAAAGUUUAUGCUGUACUUUUUUUAUUUUUUUCGGUGUUUUUUGUGUCGUUAUCCUUGUGUUUUUAGCCCGAGCCUACUGUACCUGUAUGCCCUCCCGAACCAUUCAUGACAUCAGACAGCGAGGCAACCAACUGGUCGGCUCCGACGAUCCCAUCUUCACCUCCAAAAGACCCAUUGGAUCUGAAUAAUUCGACUCCAGAAUGGUCUCCAACUGCUGCGAAGGAAGGAAUUGCCGUCUUUCCGGGCCAAGAAUGGCCAAAGAACUUAAAGGAAUAUGAUCGAGCGCGUAUGUUUGCUUUGCUCAAUGAGGCCAAAGCCAAGGAUCUGACUGUAAAUCCAUUUUUGGAUCAUCCACUUCCACCAGAACUGGAACAAGAAGUCCUUUGGUGCAGACUGCCGAGAAAUAGAGAGCGGAAAUGCAGAUAUUAUGAUGCCUACAAGAACCCAAACUCCUAUAUUUAUUGGUUCCUAAAUGCUAUUCAGAAAGUUGAUGUCCUCCCAGAUGGAAGAAGGAGGGAAAAGGACUUGACGGAAGUUGGUCAAGGUGAGAACAGGGAUAAGGAUGGAGAAGAUGAAGAAUUUGGGCAAGGGGAUAAUGCGGAACAGAACAGUGGAACAGUGAAGACCUCUGAGACCAUUUUGAAAGCAGCAAGUGAACAAAUUCAGGAUGAAAAAACUGAAAGAGAACCAGCAUCUGAGGCUACUCAGCGUUGUGAUGCCGAUAAGUCAAAGAAAAACGGAAUUGGAGUGAUUCGAAUCCCAAAGUCAGGUCAAAUAACAGAAAGUGGAGAUGGAAACACCUCAAUUCAAAAGAACGAACCAUCAAAUUCAAGUCAAUUUCAUCCUGGAAGCAGUGGAUUCAAUGAAACAGCGGCUUCAAAUGUAUCGAUGAACACGGAAGAACUCGUAAAGGAGAAACCAGCAAACUUGAAUGAGACUGGAUUAGUCAUGGACAAAGAUGGAAUCAGAAGCAAUAAAGAGGAAUUGGAAAAGGAGAAGAUGAGAAAACUGAGGGAUGAACAGAGAAGGCAGGAGAAAUUGGAGAGAAAGAAGGUACUGGAAGAAAGAAAGAACAAGGCUAAAGUAUGUUAAACUGGUAUUUAUAUUAUUUUGUACAAUUUAGGUGAAAGAAGUCUAUGUAAACUCUGGAAACCCUCGAGUUGUCGAAAAGAGAUUUGAUCCAGUUCCAGCCAGUGGAAUCUUGGACCAUGGCAUGCCCUUUGACAUAUCGGAAGCGAAUUUUAAAUGGAAAAAUUAUGAAGAUUUCAGCGCGAAAUGCAAAUCUUUGAAGGAAAGAAUGACAAGUUUCUACAGUCAGCAUCCGGAUGCGCCACAACCAACAGGAAAAAUGUUGAAAAGAAUGGAUAAAGGAGAGUUUGAGGAGAAUAUCGAGGCUUUGGGAGCUCUGGUACAAAGUGUUUUGGAUGGAGAUUACAGUCAUCGAUUGGGAAGACCAAAGUCAAAUGAAGUGAAGGUAAAAUAAGGGUUGUAACAACUUCAGUAGUAGUUUUCUGUUUAUUUUCAUCAAUUAAAAGCUUGCAUAAAAUAUAAUAUUUUAGAAGCUCGAGUACGCCCUUGGGAUUUCCGACGAACCAGAAGUCCCAGUUGCUCCCGAAAAGCCCCAAUUAGAUGAAGGAGGCGAUCGAAAACACGAAGAACCUAUUACAGAAGCAGCUCCAGAAAGAUUGGAAUGCAUUGAACAUUCCUCGGAAGAAUUAGGAUACGAGAGUUACGACGCCACCGAUGAUGAAAAUCUCAGAUAUUUGGAGGUCUACAAAGUCUUCAUGAGCGACUUGAUGUCCAAGCUUGAGUUAUAA